CUCUGUUGAGCGCCAGUGUCACAGUGCAGCUGCAUUGAACUGGAGAGGGGGUGGCGGUGUUACCGCCCGCUCCUCGUUCUCCAAAGUCUUUGCCUUACCUAUUUGGUAAGGAGCGGAGGAACGAUGUAAGGAACGCGACAGUUGGGCUUACUACGACCUUGGGUUUUCCCAGUAUAAUUCUAAGUAGUUUUACUCAAAAGUAGGAACCGUGUAUCGAGCUGCCUCCCCGCCGCGAAAAGCAACAGUCUGCCGUCAACACCCGAAACGAGCGAGCGGGCGAACUCGAGCAUGAAUGUGCUCGGCGCUCAGGCGGGUGGGUUUGUUCGAUCGAUGCGCUCUGCAGUCAAGGCAGCGUCUGCAAAUUGCCCGGAGACUACAGUUCUGUAGUAUUGGCUGUACUGAUUUGGGGGAAACCGCUGCUCAAACGGCGUUGGUAUCCCUUCCAGCAAGCCAAGGAAAGCGGUUCGAUGCGCUCUGCGCUCGCGUUGCUCCUGAUCUAGUCCGGAAGGAAUCGUGGCGCCGCUGCCGCCGCCGCCGAUCCUCGGCUGAUGGUGUGAGCGACCCUCUUCCCAGGCCGCGGCCUUUCCUCAUCGUCCGGCGCCAUGAACCUGCUCCCCGUUAAUCCGCAUGGGAACGGGUUGCUCUUCGCCGGCUUCAACCAGGACCACGGAUGCUUUGCAUGUGGAAUGGAAAAUGGAUUUAGAGUGUUUAAUGCAGAUCCACUCAAAGAGAAGGAGAAACAAGAAUUCCUAGAAGGAGGUGUCGGGCAUGUUGAAAUGUUGUUUCGCUGCAAUUAUUUAGCUUUGGUUGGUGGAGGGAAAAAGCCAAAGUAUCCUCCUAAUAAAGUGAUGAUCUGGGAUGAUUUGAAAAAGAAGACAGUUAUUGAAAUAGAAUUUUCCACAGAAGUCAAAGCUGUUAAGCUGCGAAGGGACAGAAUUGUCGUAGUUUUGGACUCCAUGAUUAAAGUUUUCACAUUCACACACAAUCCUCACCAGUUACAUGUCUUUGAAACUUGCUACAACCCUAAAGGUCUUUGUGUCCUGUGUCCAAAUAGUAAUAAUUCCUUACUUGCAUUCCCUGGAACACAUACUGGACAUGUGCAAAUAGUAGAUCUAGCAAACACUGAAAAACCUCCAGUAGAUAUACCUGCUCAUGAAGGAAUCUUGAGUUGUAUAGCCCUAAAUUUGCAGGGAACAAGAAUCGCUACAGCAUCAGAAAAAGGGACCCUUAUAAGAAUAUUUGAUACGUCAUCUGGGCAUUUAAUUCAAGAGUUGCGCAGAGGAUCUCAGGCUGCCAAUAUAUACUGUAUAAACUUCAACCAAGAUGCUUCUCUUAUCUGCGUGUCAAGUGAUCAUGCCACAGUACACAUUUUUGCUGCAGAGGAUCCCAAAAGAAAUAAGCAAUCAAGCAUCUGCCAGCUUCCUGCCCAAAUAUUUCAGUUCCAAAUGGAGUUUUUCCAAGUUUCAAGUUCCCUCGGGUUCUCCCUGCAUCUGUGCCUUUGGAACAGAGCCGAAUUCUGUCUUAGCAAUCUGUGCAGAUGGCAGCUACUACAAAUUUUUAUUCAAUCAAAAAGGGGAAUGCUCCAGAGAUGUUUACGCUCAGUUUCUAGAAAUGACUGAUGACAAACUUUGACUGGACAGUUGGGAAGUAUGGUUUGAUGGGGCAAGUUAUCAGAAUCUCCAUCCCAAUUCUUCUCCUGUUGAAGAGACAACUUCUGACUUGCUAAUUUGACAGCACUCUUCAAGAUGGGAUUGACCUGGUCAACAAUUGGAACAAGGCAAAGGACUGAUGUUAGCUCUCCACAGUUGGUUUUAAGUGUUACUUUGGCUGCUGUUCUUUUUCUCUUCAAGUUUCAAUGAGGGUUCUCCCUGUUAAAUAUCAUGAAACUGAGUACCUGCCACAUUAUAAAGUUGGAAAGAAAGGUUAUCAAGAGUUUUGAUCAGUUGAAGACUCUUCAGAUUAGAUUCAGCAGGCAGGUUAAUUGGAAAUGGCAUCCCAGUCAUUUAUCAGCAGCUUUUGCAUUUACAGAUAUUGUUUCCUCCGAAUUCCCAGACAGAAACUGUAGCAAAGUUGCUCUGAGUUGCAAUAACUCAAAACAUAGAACAAUCAAGUCUGUUUCCAUAUUGCUGUGAGUAGGUAUUCAUGUCAUGUAUCAGAGGUGCCAAAUAUUCUAUAGCAACCAACAUCAAGUGCUGUUAACUCAGUGAUUCUGCCAGGUAAGAAGUGUCAACAAAGAGGACUUACAAGGCUGUGUUGUCUCCAUCUAGAAUGUAAUCAUUCCAUACUAUUAAAAUUUAGUCCUUUGUGUUCUGGUACUUAUGUUGGGGGAAAAGGGGGUUAUAAUAAAAUUCUGUGACAGGGAGCAGAUGCCAGGCUCUGCUUCCAUAGCCUCCAAGAUUUAUGUAGUCAAAAUACACUAAAUUGAUGCCUUUUUAGAACAAGGGAUAAAGGGACAUGCCUAAUUUUUCAAAACCCUUGGAACACAUGUAUGUGACCACUUAAUUUUAAAUUAUCACCACCUUACAGCAGUUUCAGUUAAUUUCAUUUGCACACAUGCUUCAAAAUUUAUUGAAGGCUUAAUGCAUUCAGCUGUAAAGCACCCAAACUUUUCACUUAAUUAAAACCUAUACUCAAAUGUGGGUUUGCAUGUUGCUUUUAAAUGUGUACUUAAUCAUGAAAGUUAUUUUGCACAUCUUUUGUAAUAUUCUUUAAUUAAAAGUGACUAAUUUACUGUAUUCAGUUAAUUGGAGCAAAGCUGAUGCUAAUUUUACUUUUUUUAUUCUUAAGUUUUGUAAAAAUGUGUUAUAUUACCUGAGAUUCAACUCCUGUCAUCCAUAUGCAGCUCCCACUUAAUACCCAAGAUUCAGACCUCUCAAAAUGUUUAGGAAGAACUAUUUAUUCUUUAUUGAAAAUAUGAAGUUCUUCCUUCCUCCAAGAUUGACAGAAUUCAAGAAAUACAAAUCUCACAUUUUACACAUGGGGAUUUUAUUUUAUGAAUUUACAAAUUCAUCUUGAAAGUACUAUAAUAGUCUGCUCAUACUGCCCUUCAACUUGAAGGGAAAUUAUGUUUACAAUCAAAGUAAUGUGUUGAUGAACUUGGAUUUUCCGAUUUCAAAGGGAAAAACUGUUGAGGUAAACGAGUGUUAAUGUGCUGCACUGAAAGCUGUCUGAAGUUCAACUUCAAGUUACUAAUUUCCAUUCACACUGCUUUCAGUACUGGUUUGUAAAUAAACUCUAUUUAUAAAUAGGGUAUUCAUGACAUGCUAAGACACUGUUGGCUACAGCCCUUUUUUUAAAAAAAAAAGGGGGGGGGUGACCUAUGCAGGAUCAAAGCUAUUUCAUAGGAGCCGAGAAUGAGCAUUUCCCAAUCUUGGGUCUCCACAGUUUACCCCACCUUCCAGGGACUGCAAUACAAAGAAACCUGCAAUAAUUUCUUCCUGCAGCCACUCUUGCUUCUCUGUUUAGAGGCCCAAGGCUAAACCACUACUCUUAUUACUUUUCAUUGUAUUUGGAAUUGUUUACAUUCCAGAAUUCAUAUUGAUGGGAGAGGGCUUUUAAACAUUAAAUACUGCUAUUCAGAUGACAGGGCCGUUAUUCAAUUAUCUAAAUUUAAACCAUGAAAACAAGCAUUGACUUACUCAUAUCAAAUAUUAAAAUAAUUCAAUGUAAUUAUAGUAUCUGUUUGCUAGGUUUUUAUGUCACACUAAGAAUACAUGAUUUAAAUUCUCAAAUUGCCUCUUAUUUCUACAUUUUUGCUAAAAUUUCUACAUCCAAUUUAAAUAUUUUUUUUGCCAAAUAUAUAAAGCAUAGAAGCUAUUCAUGAAUGCUUAUGAGACCUCGGACUCCUUAAGAGCCAGACCAACUUCAGGAUGCUUUAAGACAAACAAUGUUCAAACAGUCAAGCCAUUCUGCCUGAUCCAAAAUAAUUCACACAAUAACAUGUGCCAGCUCUUUACGUUUAUACUAGGCUUUUCUAGAACAAAUUAUAUUGGCUAUAUAUUCUAAAUUGAGCUUAAAUGGAAAUAAUUUGGAUAAAGGAGACAAGAUAGUAAUAAUCAGGUUCACCAGGUAAAAUGACUUAAUAUCAUUUGAAUAUGCUAGCCAUUGGGUUCAUAUCAUUGCAUUAAGGCUUAAACCAUUGUAUGGUUUGUUUUGUGUUUUAGCAUGUGUGAACCCAUCCAAUUGUGAUUUAUUCAGACAAUUCAAUCUGUCUGAAAAGAGAUUUGUAAACAAAUCUGUUUAAUGAAUGAUGAGAUAAAUACCUAAACCUCUUGCACAUUAUUUCCCUCAAUAGAAUCAUCCUAGGAGUGAGAUGCAACUUCUCAUUGGGUUAUAUGUAGUUGGCUUUGCAAUGUAACAAUAAUUUACAGUAAGUAGCAUGUAUAUUUAUGGGCAGUAUCCAAUUCAUGUUGUGUUAGGACCUGUAAGGGAACAAAGAGACACAAAUAACAAAAUCUGUUUGCUAUGAUCAGAUAAACACCAAGAGACGUGAUUAUCAGAAUCCAAAACAUAAUUGGGACAUGAUUAUGUCAUCUAUUGCUAAGGACAUUAGUGCAUUGUUAGAUUGGAUUCAUGCAUUGUAGUAAUUCAUAAUAAUGGAAUUUUAUUUGACAUUAGCUUCAAAUACUGUACAAACCCAGCUGCUAGUUCCUUGGCUGCUUAAAGGGAAAAAUACUUAUAAGUACAUACGGUAAAAAGUAAAAUUCAGCAAUUCUUGUAAGAUUCUAUUUUUUUUCCUUUGUGUCUUUGAAUCAGUCUUAACUUUUGGUGACUACCUAUAGUAUGAUUCCUUGCAGUUUUCUUGGCAAUAUUUUCAGAAGUGAUUGCCAUUGCUGCCUUUUUCCAAGAGCUGAGAGGGUUUGCCUAGCCCAAAGUCACCCAGCUUGCUUCCUGUCAAAAGUGGGAUUAAGAUUCAUGUUCUUGCAGUUUCUAACCUGAUGCCAAACUCGCUCUUGUAAUAAAAUUCAGCACACUGCAAUUUGAAAUAUUCUACAUUUCAUGUGCUAUUAGUUACAGUAUAUGUGCUAAGAAAUGCAAUCGACCUACAUUCUUUCUUCAUAUAUAUCACAGGAAAUUUAACUGUAUUUAGGUUAAUGUAGUUUUGUUGACAAAAACAAGUGGUUUGCCAUCAAUUUCCAUGGGAUUUUUUUCUUUUUGGAUGCCUCAGUGGAAUCUAUAAUUUUGGGAUUUUUAAAAAAAAUGAUUUCUCAUCCAAGUACAAGCUCUGACAUUGCUCAGUCUUUUAUGAAACCAUCAUCUAGAAAUCUAAUAGCUGAUGCUAUACCUGCUGUUUCCUGACACUGAAUUUACUCCAAUGAAUAAACUACUGCUAUGAUAUACUACCAAUAAAAGAUCAGAUUUCUUCAUCUAUGAAACAGUGACCUUACUCUCACAUGCCCUAGUAUCUGAGGGACAACUAAAAAUGGUAUCUCUGUCAUUUAAAAUGAACUUAAUUAACAAUACCCUAAAGUAUUUGGAAACCAAUACAAAGCAACAAGUUCAGAAAUUCAGUACAAUCAGCUGUUAAUACAAUGAUUCUUAAAAUGUUUGAUCCAAUUACCCUUUUCCCAUUCUCGAAUAAGGCCAUUACCCCCACAAAAUGCUCAAACUGUUGCCUUACAAAAAUAUUUGGCAGCAGUAGUUCCAAACUGGCUUCUCAACUCACAAGCAAUUACAAAUUGCUCCAUCAUCCUAAAGAUUUGUACAAAACAUUAGAAAGACCCACUGUGUAAAUAUUUAUUGAUACCAUUUUCUGAUUUUCUAUUAUUUUAUUAUUUUAAGAAUUACGUAUACUUUUUCACUGUACCACUAGCUAAUUUUAAAUCUUGUGCUUUCUGGUAAAAAAAAAAAACAGUAAUAAUUCCCCUCAUUGUUAGUGGAUGAUAAGCAAUAUUACUAGCCCUACAUUCUAUAAUUGCGCAUCUUAGUUCUCGCUUUGUAUGUGUACUUAUCAUACAAUGCAACAUGAAUGAAACAGUUAUAAUAUUAAACUAAGAUUUAUCCAGUGUUUAUUUUCAUACAAACUCUUCGGUUAUAGAAACCGGAGUGUUAAAAUUUUGGUAAGAAAAAGAGCAAUAUUUGUAGGAAAAGUUCCCAACUUUAAGUAUGGCUGUUUCUUUUUCCUGUCUGCUAGGUAGAUGGAAUUAUUUUUAAAUAAAGCUAAGACAAGUAUCUCAAACAUCCAUCACAAAAGUAAUUUGGAGAUCAUAGCAUUGUGUUCAUGUCCACUGCUUGACUCCUGCCCUGAAUGAAGGUUAUUUUCACAUGUCUGCCAAUGUGCCCUCAAAAUCUGAAACAUGGGUUUUCUUAAACUUCUAGAACAGAUUUUGGACAGCUUGGAGGGAGUGGGGAGGAGGAAAGUAUCUGUUGUCAUAGAAGAAGAGCUAUGACAUCAGAGGAGAUAGUAAAUCUGCCUUAUAAUUUACUCUUCAGCAUUCACAUAUUUCUAAAAAUGAAAUAACAGGAAAAAGCAACAAUUUCUGGAACAUCUUGCUUAGGUUUAAAAUAGCCAUGAAAGCAGAGAAAGAAAGGUAAGAGCAAUAGAUUUAACAGUCUUCAAAUUAAAUUAUUUUGUAUUGACUUCUCUACCUAGUUCAUAAACUACGAAGACUACAGUGACAUGAGAGAACUUCAGUAUAAGUCAUUUGAUUGUCUUAAACAUUUUACCAGAUUUUUUUAUUCAAAAACUUGCAUCAUUUUUCCUAAUUAUUCAUGAAAUAGCAAUUUUAUAACCAAAUGUUUUAUUAAUAAUGCAAUAUCAUUACUUCUGAAUUAGAUGGCCACAGCAGUAAAAGUAGAAUGCUGCAGAUACAGAAAAUGUUUUGCUUCACCCAGCCAUAGCGGCUGUUAUAAAUUCAGCUAGUGUACAUCAAUUUUUCAUAAUCUGUUUAAUAUGUAUUAUCUUCAUUGACAGUGUAACAGCAGCUCUACCGUGUGGGAUAACAUGAUACUUGGUACAGAUUUCUCAUAUUUGGUCUUCUGAUAAAACAUUUCCAAAAACUGACUAAAAUUGUAAGCCAUUCCAAGCUAUUUCAGUCCAUCAUCAAAAUACAGAUUCUUCUUGAAAUGAUAAAAACAUAUAAAUUAUAGCCCAAAAAGCAAAAAAAAAAGCAAAAGACAAAUCAAAGGUUAAAGCCCAGUCUUCACCUUUAACUCACCUUAAAUAUGUGAAAGGGA